UGGGCCUAUGCUUUACCCCUUAAAAUUUUGGGCUCGACAUUGAUGGAUUGGCCCAAGAGUUCCGGUCCAAGCCGGCCCAUCUCAAGGUCAAGGCGUGUAGUUGGACAUUGUAAAAGCUGAGUGAAUCAAAAAUGGGAAGGGAGGCGAAGCAAAGCAAAGCAAAGCAAACGCCAGAUACAUGGGAGUUCAAGGUCUUUGGGGAGCUUCUGGCCCCUGUUGGCCGCUGUGUGUCUGUCGAGACCUUCGCCGGGAAGAAGCUCGCCAUUGUCGUGAGCAUAUGGCCGCAGUAUGAUAUUGAUGAAGUUGAUGACAGCAUCAGGUGACAUCCACAAAUAUAACAGAGCCACAACUAAAGGGCGAUUCAGAAGGAAAUCCUGCAAAUGAUGAAAAUGAUUCCCACUCAGAUUUUGAUAACAUUCAAGAGUUAAAGCAGCAUUUCAUGGAGAAACAGAGAAAUGUGAGCAAGAAUUGGCACAUUCCUCCAUCUUUUCCUAGUGAGGCAGUAGUAUCUGCUUAUUCUACUCCUCAAGUGGACAAAUCUGCUGAGACUUUCUCGUGGGGAAAGCCAGAUAUUUUCAUUUUACGCAAAUUAAAGUUUGGGUGGAAUAGCAAGAAGGCAGAUGAGUUGUUACUUCCUGUUCUGAAUGAGUACAAUAAACACGAGGUUGGUGCUAGAACUUUCUUCGUCACUCAUAAACUUAUAGGAAGACUGUGACAUGUUCAUCUU